CGCCGAUGAGUUUGACGAAGACGACGGCGGCGCCACCAACGACUGCAUAGCGGACGCUACCAGCAGAGUUGUGUUGCGAUCUACUGGGGCCUUAGAGAAACAAUUUGCUCAGCUUAGAUAUAAAGUUCGUUGGUCAAGUGCUAGGCAUAGGCAUUCGGUAGUGUUCUUUGGAAAGCGCAACAGUGCCAGAACAGUGCGGAAGAACAGUCUUCUAGUGUAGAACAACAAUGCUUAGGCUAAGUGCUGUGUGUGUGAUUCUGGUGCUAGUUGCUGGAACGCUGGCAGAGUCUCCGGCGUCGGGUGGAUAUCCGGAUCGCCGAAAUGGUAACGGGAAUGGCGGAGGACAUGGUGGCGGUGGAGGUGCUGGCGGAGGUGGCGGCGGUUAUCAGCAGGUGCCUAGUGGACAGCAGACCUCCGAGGGACAAAAUGUUGAGCCACAACUUCUUGAAAUGUUAAAGAUGAUAUUGCUUCAGCAUGAGGGUGAAUCCUCCAAUGGUAACGGCAAUGGCCACGGUGGCGGAGGAAGCGGAGGACCUUACGGAUCGUAUGGUCCACCCGCUGGCAGCUCUUCUCAGGGCCGCGUUACUGGAAUCGAACUGGGGGAUCCUAAACAGAGUAUACAGGUAGCGGAGUUCUGGCAGGGAGGUCCUGAACAGGGCGCCCCGGGUGGUUCUUACGAUGCUCCAGCACCGAGCGGUUCAUAUGGUGCGCCGAGCGAUUCGUAUGGUGCGCCACUAGGUAGGAAAUAAAUUAUUUAAUAACUUAAACUGUCAAUUCAGAAAAAAAUAAAUUUGUCACCGUAAAA